CUGGAUCCUGAAAACCUCUUUGUAAUUUUCCUACCCUGAGGUAAUUCCUUCUAGCCAACAUGCCUACCUUAGACGCUCCUGAGGAGAGACUGAGGAAAUUUAAAUACCGAGGCAAAGACACAUCCGUGAGGCGGCAGCAGAGGAUAGCAGCCAGCGUAGAGCUCCGCAAGGCCAAGAAAGAUGAACAGACCUUAAAGAGAAGGAAUAUCACUGACUCCACUGAUCCAGCUUCUGACUUGCCUGCCAAUGGGGCCCACCUUACUCUCGAUGAAAUAAUCCAAGGAGUGAAUAGCUCAGACCCAAUCCUCUGCUUUGGAGCCACCCAGGCUGCCAGGAAAAUACUCUCACGGGAGAAGAACCCUCCUCUGAAGGCCAUCAUCGAGGCGGGGCUCAUUCCCAGGCUGGUGGAGUUCCUGAAGUCAUCGUUUCACCCUCACUUGCAGUUUGAGGCAGCCUGGGCUCUCACCAACAUUGCUUCAGGGACUUCAGAUGACACGCGAGCAGUUGUGAAAGGGGGUGCCAUCCAGCCUCUGGUGGAGCUCCUGUCCUCCCCUCACAUGACUGUCUGCGAACAGGCAGUGUGGGCCCUUGGUAACAUCGCAGGUGAUGGCCCAGAAUUCAGAGACCUCAUUAUCUCAAGCAAUGCCAUCCCACACCUGCUGGCCAUUGUAUCAUCGACCAUACCAAUCACAUUUCUUCGGAACGUCACAUGGACCUUGUCCAACUUGUGCCGAAACAAGAACCCGUACCCCAGCAAAGCAGCCGUGAAGCAAAUGCUGCCCGCCUUCUCCCUUCUUCUGAGGCAUCAUGACAAUGAGAUUCUGUCUGACACCUGCUGGGCCCUGUCUUACCUCACUGAAGGCUGCAACGAGCGCAUUGGCCAAGUGGUUGAUGCAGGGGUCCUGCCUAGGCUCGUGGAGUUCAUGAGCAGCAUGGAACUCAGCAUCUUGACACCUUCUCUCCGCACCGUGGGCAACAUUGUCACAGGAACGGAUCACCAGACACAGAUGGCCAUUGAUGCAGGCAUGCUGAAGGUGUUGCCCCAACUCCUCAAGCACCCGAAGUCCUCUAUCCAGAAGGAAGCCAUGUGGGCCCUGAGCAACGUGGCCGCUGGGCCCCGCCAUCACAUCCAGCAGCUGGUCACGUGGAACUUGCUGCCACCUCUGGUGGCUGUGCUGAAAAAUGCGGAAUUCAAAGUCCAGAAAGAGGCUGUGUGGACAGUGGCGAAUUUUGCAAUAGGAGCCUCUGUGACACAACUGUCACAGCUCGUUCAGUCUGGAGUGCUGGGGCCACUGAUAAAUCUGCUCACCAUCCCAGACACGAAGGUCGUUGUUAUCAUCCUUGACAUCAUCACUUACAUCCUGCAGGAGGCAGAUAAACUGUGUGAGAAGGAAAGCCUGUGUCUGAUGAUUGAAGAACUUGGGGGCCUUGACAGAAUUGAGGCUCUACAGCUCCAUGUGAACAAUCAGAUUGCCCAGAUGGCCCUGAACAUCAUUGAGAAACACUUUGGUGAGCUUGUCCAUAUAUGCUCGGAGCCUUCUUCACAUCCGACGCUGGAAAAUCCACGCCGUUGUGGGAAUCAACGGGCUCGGACAAAGCGGCUGGGACGCGAGGCGACGGAGCGCGGGAGGACGCGCCGCCCGGUCCCCCCCCCCCCCGGGACCCGCACGCCGGUUUCCAGGCUCCCCAUCCGCCCCGGGACGCGGGAGGCGCGAAACCCCCUCAGCGCGCGCGCGCGCGCCGGGACAGACGGGGGCCGGGCGACGUCGCGGCGCGCCUGCCGGGCGCGCGCACGCACGUACGCCCGGGUGCGCGCAGGGCCGGGCCGGCGAGGCGGCGGGCGCGCGCGCAGCCUGGGGAGGCGGCGGCAGCGGCGGCGGCGGAAGCAGCGAGGGCGGCGGGCGUCCGGCUCUGAGGGAGAUUGGAGGAGGCGGCGGCGGCGGCGGCUGUGGUGGUGGUGGUGGUGCCGGGCGACGGUGGCGGCUCUGGAUCGGGCUCGACAGUCAGGAGCGACGGUCGGAACGCCAAGCUCCCACCCCACCCUCCGGCUCCACCAUCCGCCCAGCGUCCGGACGCCUGGGCCGCGGAGGGAGUUUGUGUCCCGGCUCGGACCCCGGCGCCCAGCCCGGAGCCGUAACCUUGAGGCGGCGGUGGCGACGGGGCCGGGCCGGGCCGGGCCGGGGGGCGGCGGCGGCUGCGACGACCGAUCCGCCGCUGCCUGA